AUGGACCUGAAACUUGAGCAGAGAGCAAACAUCAAAUUAUAUGUGAAACUCGGGAAAUCAGUAACGGAUACCCCCGAAAUGCUUAAGCAAGCCUACGGCAACGAAGCAAUGCGCCGAGCGAAACGUUCUGAGUGUCAUUCUCGCAUUAAGAGGGGCAGAACAUCACUGGAGGAUGCCGAGAGGUCAGGGCGACCCUCCACGAGCACAACCCCCGAAAAUGUCGAACGAAUUGAACAAAUUGUGCGUCAGGAUCGUCGGAUCACCAUCAAGGAAGUUGCUGAGGCGUCCGAGGGUGGACAUUCGGCGCAAACGACCUCAACUGUGGCGCGAUGGCAAUUGGGUGCUUCAUCAUGA